AUGGCUUUCACCGUGCUAUCUGAUCAUAACGUUAAACAAUUGCUGAGCGAACUCAGUCUAAAUGAUACCCGCGAACUUAUUACAGCCUUGCAAGGAGGCCUUGUCGCCUACUCGUGCCAGAAUGAGCAGCAGUAUCAGCCAGAACGUUCUGUUAUUUCUCGGCCGGACGGGCAAAGAAGCUUGUUCAUGCCCGCCACGACACCACAGUCAAUUGGUGUCAAGAUUGUGGGCAUUGCUCCUUCUUCCGGGCUCCCGAGCGCCUUUUCGGAAGCAUCACCACGGCCACCAGGGCUAUGUAGCGUCCUUACCCUGUGUAAUGCUGUAGGAGAAGCCGUCGGUAUACUCAACGCUGCGGAGCUUACGGCUUUCCGCACCGCUUUGGGCUCCAUGCUCCUCUACAAGUCUCGCAAGGAGACAGGUAACAUCGUGGUCUUCGGCUCAGGGAAGCAGGCACAGUGGCAUAUUCGCUUGGCUGUGUUGCUACGUGCGCAGGAUAUUCGCAAGAUCGUUAUUGUCAAUCGAAGCUAUAAGCGAGCCCAACAACUAAUUGCCAGUCUAGUUAAAGACUCACAUGCGUCCUGGCCGUCACACAUCACGCUGUACCAGUUUGGGGAAGGCAACGAAAGCCUCGAAGACCUGGUUGCAGAUGCGGAUGCCAUCUUCUGUACCACUCCAGCUACUGAACCUCUUUUCCUUGCGAGAUUCCUCACUUCAGCAAGUGCUCGAAGGAAGACACGAUACAUCGCUGCUAUCGGCUCAUACCGGCUGAACAUGGCAGAGAUCGAUCCGGAGCUCCUCAAGGCGAUAGUAGAUGAUUCUGGAAUAUUCUCGCAGCAUGUGUGGGAAGGGCAUAUUACGGUUGACACCCGCGAUGGGUGUCUAAAGGAGGCCGGAGAGCUAGUUAGCGCAGGUAUAAAUCCGAGUAAGAUGCUCGAGGUCGGACGAAUCUUUGGAUCUGAAGACAUCCCCUCCGCGCAGACUGAAUGGCUCGAAAGAGGCUUUGUCCUGUAUAAAAGCGUUGGAGUAGGUGUUAUGGACAUGGCGGUAGGGCACCAGCUUCUGCAACUUGCCAAAGCCAAGGGUAUCGGGACGACCUUGGCAACUUUCUAG